AUGUGGAGAAUUAUUUGCGUAUCGUUGUUAGCUUGGUUUCUGUUGAUAACGAACGUGACGAGCCAGGAGUACCUGCCGCCCAAGCCCGGCGGCGGCAAGAAGCCUGCUCCGGAACCUACUUUGCCAGCGAACUACGACUUCUCGUACAACGUGGAAGACAGCGGCGUGAGCCUCGACUUCGGUCACAACGAGAAGCGUAAGGACGACCGCGCGACCGGCUCCUACCACGUGCUGCUGCCCGACGGGCGCAUGCAGCUGGUCGAGUACGAAGCUGGACCUGACGGGUACAAGCCACAGGUGAUGUACAUGGGCACGGCGACGUACCCCGCGCCGGCGGCGGACAAGUUCGACGGGUACCACUACAACGCGGCCUCGAGCCGCCAGAGCGUGCGCCAGGCCGCGCCGCGGCAGCCCGCUCGCCCCGCGCCACCCGCGCCCCCCGCUCCCAUAGCCGCCCCCGCUAACGCCACGCAAUAG